UCAUCACAGAGUCCAUAGACUCCGACUCGCUGACUCGAUGGUGGUUCACCGUUCACUCCCUCACCGCCUCUCUCUUUUUUCCGGCGACCUCUGUUCUCUACCAAACCUCUCUCCGUCCGCGAAAGAUCGGCGACCUCUUUUUCCGCAUUGGUUUGGAGUUUGACGUUUCGGUUUGUUUCAGAUUUGUUGGAUUUUGAAUCUGUACUGGUUUUCUCUGUGUAAUUUGACAAAUUUGAAGGAGAUUGCUUCGCUCCUUGAGACCGCUGCGUUAGGCUGACGAUGGCGAAGAGGCGGCGGAAGCUGAGUGUUUCUGUGCUCUCGGCGUUUCUCAGUUUCGCCUUUUCGCCGGGUUGUUCUCCUAUCUUCCGAAGGACGAUGAGCAUGACAUGGAUGUUGAUACUGCAACUUCUGCUACUCAAAGUCCCCUAAGAAACUUGUUGUUGCUGAUUGAUCAGAAAAAAUAUACAGUGAGGCUAAAGCUUGUGCCACAGCUGGCAUUGCUCGACUAAAGAACAUGAAUGGGGGAACUAUUGAUGUCCUGUCCUGGCAUCAAGGCUUUACUUCUAUUACUCUCUUAGCUAUGAAUAUACCGGUGAUAUCGCAGAAAUUAGAGGGUGGACAUGCUCCAGGAUGGCAAGAUGUGCAGCCUCAUGAUCCUCAAGUUCAAGAUGCAGCCAACCAUGCUGUGAAGAGCCUUCAGCAAAAGUCCAAUUCAUUGUUCCCUUAUGAGCUUCAAGAGAUUGUCCAUGCUAAGGCAGAGAAUGCUUCUCCGAAAAUCCAAAAGAUGGAAAAGAUGCUGAAACUGCAGAAGCUGGACCCUCUUCGAGCAAGGAUGCUUCUUCCAAAAAAUCAACCUGUGGAAAUGACGCUGAAACUUCAGGAGCUGGACGAGCAAGGAUGUGUCCCCUCAAACUGAUGCAAGAGGUGUAAAUGAUGCUGAGUCAUCAGCAGCUGGACCUUCCUCAAGCAAGGUUGCUUCUGUAGAAAAUGAUCCAAGUGGUGGAAGUGAGGUUGAAACUCUCCUCCUUAAGCAAGGUUUUUCUUCUGUGCCCAAACCUCGAGGCUGUGAGCGGAACAUUACAGAGCAAGGAUGAUCUACCUAGCAUGUUCUAUGUUUGAAAACCAGUUUAAUCAUGCUUGAAUGAAAGGGUCUAAUUGAAAGCAUUGUCUAUUAGAAGAGUGAAUGAAAACAUCUUUUACGACACACAAAAUUAAAGUUGUAAAACAUCUUUCACAGUGCGCAAAAGAGUGUUUACGACGCACAAAAAAUAUUUUUUACGGUGCACAUUUUAUGUGCUACAAGAUAAAUUUAUCUUUUAUGACACGUUUUUUUAUGCCGUAAAGUUGUC